UCGCAGUAAAGUAAGUACAGUACGCAUGUGUAAAUUUUUGAUUUUCAAUUUUAUUCCCAGGUUUCAGUUUUCAUUUCCCAAUUCCCGCUUAACAACCAUAGAGUUAUUACUUAUUGGAUGUGUAACGCGUUACAUACUGUACUGCUUCCUUUUUUCAAGACCCUAGCAAUGUCUGUAAGUGCAGAUUGCCGUCAACAUGCGAACAUUGUACUUACCAGUUCAUCAGCGUCGUUUACGUAGCUCGUUGGAGAUUGUUGAAGAAUGAAAAUUUGUGUCGUGACUGAAAUUCAGUGGGCAAUUUUCAACGAAGCAGCCAUAACAUGGAAGAAAUUUUAAAAGAGCAAGAAGUAGUGAGCUACAAUGUGAACAGCCGCCAGGAAAUGUUGAAUGUUCUCUUGGAAGCCGAUGUGAGUGGCGAAACAUUAAGCGCAAAAACCACCGCAGAAGAAAUCCUGACGACUGCGCAGGCUGCAGAUGAGCUCCAGAAGAAAUCUCCGCCUGACACGGAAAACGGAGCCGACUUGUCGGAGAAUCUUUCGGAUGAUAAUGCUAGCAACAUUCAGAUUCACGCUCAAGCCAAUGGCACUGACACAGGCAGUCAAGUGACGAAAAAACAGACUGCAGCCAAACGAAAACUGGCUAGCGGGCCUAACGGCCAAGGCUACUCUCUUGAAGUAUGGAAGGAAAUCAUCAGUUUCUGGAAGGAUACGAAAUCCAAGCGACCACGAAGUUUCAGUAGUGUUCUCAAAAGUUAUCAGCGAGUUGGCACUUACGCAACGCUGCAAAGGUGGCAUCGGAAAAUAGCCGCACUGGAGAAGGCAACCCAUCAUGCAACGGAAUGUGGGAAUCUAGGCCUUGAACAUGACAGCAAUGAAAGUGUUUCACACCUUGUUGUGGAUGGCCGGACAUGCGAGACUGCACACCGGGCGGAAUCGGACAGCGACUUGCAACAGUUAGACAUCGACUUGUCGCUUCCGGGAAUGUCUGCCGAGGACGAUGGAAAGCGAUUUCUAUGCACUGGCAUCUACUGUGCACAGUGUCAGCGGUUUUCAGAGGAGCCGUGUUGGUUUCACACGUCGUAUAUUGAGAAUACGCCUGUUGUCCCGUUGGCCAUAGCAAGUUUACCCGGCUGCCUCACCAUUGAUUUGUGCAUGGAUUCGCUCGAGAAAGGUGUUUUUACCAGAACUGAGCUGCACACCCAGACAGUGUUUGGACCGAUGCUCGCUCCAGUCUGCAUUGCCUCUGAAGAAGCCAAUUUCGGCAUCAAAGACGAAAACGGGAGUGGCGUUGUUAAACAGUGCCUUCUGGAUUCAGAUGAUUACUGCAACUGGAUGCGCUACGUACGCCUGGCGAAGAACCUGUCCGAACAGAAUCUGAUGGUGUGCCAACGGAAGAACAAGCUGGUGUUUGUUACGACAAAAUAUAUCGCCCCUGGCGAAGAACUGAGAGUGGGCUAUUCGAGACCGUACGCCAGAAUGAUAGACAGUUUCCAUUCUGAUUUCAGCGUGUUUGAUAUCCCCGACGCUUCAUCUGCUGCCAUGCCGGCAUUCUCCGGUAUCGGAUUGGCACAAAUGAUCUCACAAGAACGUCCACUCGAUCCCGAAGUAACGACUCAUCCGCGUCGUACAAAUCGUUCUCGUCUUCCCGUCAAGCCGAAUGCGUUGACACCGGUGUUGAAACCGGCGUUAUGCAGCUCUCUUCCUGAGAAUCUUGUCUCGGAUGAGGAUUCUGUGCAAAGCGAAGAAGCUGAAUCGGAAGACGACGAUGCGGAAAUAGAGGAGGCUGGUUCUGACAGCGAUUAUUAUCCCACUCCUCCGCCAUCUCCGAAGCAUCAUGUCAGGAAAGUGUGUUUGACCGAUCCGUCGGAAGCGACGAAGUUUGCCUGUAGCGAUUGUAAAAUUAAUUUCGGCGAUGAGAAAUUGUUGUCUCUGCAUAACAGUUUGCAUGCCGAUGGUGCGAUGGACGGCCCUGAACGGGAGUGUCCAGAGUGCAGGAAGACUUUCGGGAUGUUUGGUGACUUGGUAUUUCAUGUGAAAAGCCACGGAAAACGCUACCAUCCAAGGACCGAAUGUGAGCACUGUGGCAUUUUCAUUGCCAGUAUUGCCAUGGAUACUCAUGUGAAGUAUCGUCAUCCGGAGGUUCAUUCCGAGCAACCAGAAACCGGAAGUUGGGCGUGUCAUAUUUGUGAACGCGAGUUCAACACAAAAGCCAGCCUGACCCUCCAUCAAACUACGCAUGACCGUGCUCAGUGUGCGAUUUGUAACUUGGUCCUAGCAAACGCAGCAGCCCUGGGCCGUCAUGCGCCGGUCCAUAAAGAAGUCGAUGGCUAUCGAUGCCCUGUGUGUGAAAAGGUGUUUGCGACGUAUGGUAAGAUGAGUACGCAUCACAGAGGGGUGCACAAGGAACCUGACGCCGCUUGUACGAUCUGCAACAAAACCUUCCGGGAUCGGUCUAAACUGCAAGUUCAUAUGCGGACGCACGAGAAGACUUACGAAUUCGUCUGUGAUACGUGUGGAAAAGCUUUCAACCAGAAGAAGGAGUUGGACGGGCACAGACGGCGAAUGCAUGAUGCGGCGGGAAGGAAGGUGUGCCGAUUGCGCUAUCAGGAGGCUAGAAGCAGAGGACAGAUUCAGGGCUAUGUCAAUCCCCGCAAGCGGAUGGCGUACGAAGAAUUUCCCUAUAAAUGUGAACUGUGCCGAAAAGGAUUUCUCUUCGAAGGAAAACUGAACCGGCACCGUGAACGCUAUCAUUCUGAUACUGGUUUGCAAACAAUUAUACCUGGAUAAAAUGUAUGAUGGACCGAUAAUGGUGAUUUUGCGACGGUUGUAGUUUUGACGUCCUGGUGUACAUGUCCUGCAUUGUUGCUUUUAAUUGUUGUUUUUAAUAAGCCUUAACCGUGUG